CAGUUCCUCGCGAGCAAUAAGGAUGCAGGAACUCUGAUCGGCAGGGGCGGGAAUACCAUCUCUUCUCUCCAGCAGAGGACGGGAGCGAGGAUCAGAGUCUCAAACGGGAACGAGUACUAUCCAGGCACACAGAAUCGCAUUGUUCUCUUGACAGGUCAACUAUCAAACAUCAUGGGGGCACUGGAAGGCUCUCUGCGUGAAAUUUAUGGCGAUUUCAGCGGUCACUCGGCUCCUUCCCCUCCUGGGGAUGACAGGGACAGCAACGGCAUCAUGUUGACACUCGCUGUCCCUGAAAUCUCUUGUGGGCUGUUAAUAGGACGUGGCGGGGAGAACAUUAGGGUGAUGGUGGAGGAGAGCGGCUGCAAGAUACAGCUUACAAACAAGGACCACUUAGUUCCAGGGAUCACGGAGAGGCUUGUCCUGGUGGUGGGGCAAAUAGAUCGAGUGCUCAAGGCAGUGGAAUUGAUUUUGUACAAGAUGUGGGAGGAUCCAAAGUGCAGGUAUGACAAUCCCACGACCCAGUACAACUCGAAGCCGCUGGCCAGCGACCUGACCAAGGCUGUGCGAAACCUUCAAGGGUCCUCCAUGCAGCCGGAGCGAUCGUCAUAUACGGUACAUGUGCCGGACAACCUGGUCCCGGCUAUCCUUGGACGGGGAGGACAGAUCAUCAAGGAGAUGAUGGAAGUGAGCGGGGCAACGAUCAAAGUGAGCCAGAAAGGAGAUUUUGUCCCAGGAACGAAUAACAGGAUCAUAUCUAUCAUAGGUGAAUUAACUCCAUGCCUCUGCACUAAUGGAGCACGUUGCUGA